AUGCCCUAUGUGAUUGAUUGGGGAUACAGAUUCCCCGAACCCGCUCUUCUCCUUGGUUCCAAGCUGCCAGAGCGCCUGCAAGGUUAUAUUGCCACCUGGCUCACUUGUCGUCUGUUAUGGAUUGGCCAAGUUAAUCACGACCCACCAUGCAAUUACCCUUCACCACAGCUCUGGCAUGACUUCCUUGGCAGCGGAUUGACAACCCAAUCACAAGGUGCUACACCCAAAGGCAAAGAUCCUUGCCCUAUUAUACACGGGGGCAUAUUUCUACCCGACGUCGAUGAUGAGAUCUGGCAAGAUAUUGGCCUUGACGAAGAUGGUAUAAACCCACCAGCAUGGUUAUCGGAUGAGGCCACUAGGUCUGGUAUUCAUUUACAGCUUGAAGUGGAUUGGUGUGUUAAAGAAGAAACUUGUUUGAUGCAAGAGCAGACCGUCAUGCAGGAGUGGAUGUUUGCAGAGUGGGAGGCCAUGCAAACUGUGUUGAGGGAUGUGGCUGAUGAUCUUGUAGUGUCAUUCCACAUGUGGGCCCAUGCAGAUGAACUUUUUCACAUUUGUGUCAUUUGGAAGAAGAAACCAGUCGAGAGUUGGGGUCCUCAAAAUGAAGAUAUACUUCAAGCUGCUCGAGACCAGGUGCAGCCGUCUUUUUUCCAGUAUAAGGAUGAUGACAAGAGUGUUGGAGAGCAGGAAGAGAGUGACGAGGAUGGUGAUCUGGCUUAUUAUGAGGUUGGAGAUGAUGAACUAAUGGAUGCAAUUGAAGAGGUUGCAUUAGCUGAUGAGUACAGGUAUCAGGAUGAGGACUUUGUUCAUAACAUUGAGGAUACUUUUAUGCCUUCGUCACCUACCAAAUCUUCACUUAAAAAAAGGUGCUGCAUGUAA